AUCUAUCCGGAACGCUGUUUCUGCGAACAAAAUAGACGAAAACUAAUUUCCUCCUAGCAGAGACGGAGGGGGUAUGUGUUUCCCAAGGAUGAUGCUCUUGCAAGUGAUCAUCAUGACGUGGGUCAUUGGUGUCAUAUUAAUAUCACAGAUGGCAGCUUCUGCAGCAGUAGCAGCAGCUCCAAUGGCAAAGCCUAACUGCCCCGACCGGUGUGGAGAUGUUGAAAUUCCAUAUCCUUUUGGCACUUCUAAAGGGUGCUAUCUCGAUCAAAAUUACUUCAUCAACUGCACAAACGAUUCCUCCGGCAAAACCCGUCGGCCAAUGUAUGAAAAUGUCUUUCUUCUGAACAUUUCCCUCGAAGGUCAUUUUGAGUUCUCAGGGUACCCUGCAUCUGAAUGUUACAACAAGUCGGGUACCCUUAUGGAUGAAAUGUUUUACUUUGUAACUACCUUCGGUUCAAUUUCUUACACCCAAAACGUUUUCGUGGCCGUUGGUUGUGACACUAUUGCUUACCUUAAUGCUACCCAGAACGACGGAACCUUCUCCAUGGGCUGCAUGUCUGUUUGUCAAGACACUAACGAUGUGGCCAAUGGAUCUUGUUCUGGAAUUGGGUGUUGCCAGGUAGAGAUUCCAAAAGGAUUGAGGAAUUUUAGCUUCCAAGCAAGGAGCUUUUCUCGGCACAAAGGAGUAUGGAAGUUCAAUCCGUGCAGCUAUGCUUUCGUUGUUAAAAAAGAUACGUUUCGUUUCUCCACCAAAUAUCUUCACGGUCUAGACAUGGACGAUUCGACCUUUCCAAUCAUGGUCAUGGAUUGGGGAAUCCGAGAUGAAACAUGUGAAUUCGCUCGCGCAAAGUCGGACAUCCUAUGCGGAGAGAAUAGCACAUGUUAUGAUCCUGACAAUGGGUAUGGGUACCGUUGCAGAUGCAAUCCCGGUUACGGUGGAAACCCAUACCUCCCCGAUGGUUGUCAAGAUAUUAACGAGUGCCAAAGUGGUAAUAAUUGCAUGCAUCCAGAACUCUGUAAAAACACAAUGGGGAACUAUACAUGCUCUUGCACCAAAUGGUACCGAGGAGACGGAAGAAAGGAUGGAACCGGUUGUGAUGUGAAUCUCCCACUGCUGAUUAAGAUGGUUGUUGGUAUCGGCACAGCCCUCUUAAUGCUACUAGUUGGAUGCUUUGGGGUAUAUUGGGGACUAAAAAGAAGAAACCUCAUUAAGCUCAAAGGCAAAUUCUUCCAACAAAAUGGUGGCCUAAUGUUACAACAACGACUCUCUAACCACCAAGGAUCGAUGGAACCAGUUAGAAUCUUCAAUGCAAAAGAACUUGAGAAGGCCACUAAUAAUUAUGAUAAGAGUAGAAUCCUCGGCCAAGGAGGCAAUGGAACGGUUUAUCGAGGAGUAUUAAUCGAGAAUAUAGUGGUUGCUAUUAAAAGGUCCAAAAUUGCUGAUCAAAAUCAGAUUGAACAGUUCAUAAACGAAGUGAUUGUGCUUACUCAAACAAACCAUAGGAAUGUGGUUAAACUACUGGGUUGUUGUUUGGAAACAGAGGUGCCCUUACUAGUUUAUGAAUUUAUCACUAAUGGGACACUUUCUGAUCAUCUACAUGAUAAAAACAAGUCAUCUUUGCUCUCAUGGGAAAAACGUUUGAAGAUAGCAACAGAAGCUGCAGGAGCCCUUGCAUACCUACAUUUUGAAACUUCCAUACCAAUUAUUCACAGAGAUGUGAAAACUGCAAAUAUACUUUUAGACGAUAAUCAUACAGCAAAGGUUGCUGACUUUGGAGCUUCAAGACUAAUUCCUCUUGAUCACACGCGAUUAACAACAUUAGUACAAGGAACAUUUGGGUACUUGGACCCUGAAUAUUUGUGUAGUGGUCAAUUAACAGAAAAAAGUGAUGUCUAUAGCUUUGGCGUUGUUUUGGCAGAAUUACUGACAGGUGAGAAGGCAAUUUCUUUAGACAGGGCAGAAAGUGAGAAAAAUCUAUCAACAUAUUUUAUUUCUGCUCUAAAAGAUGGUCGCCUACUAGAGAUUAUUGAAGGCAACAUUAUCAAGGAGGGUAAUGUUGAAGAGGUAAAGGAAGUUUCUUGUAUUGCCAAAAGGUGCUUAAGCAUAAAAGGAGAGGAUAGGCCUACUAUGAAGGUUGUGGCAAUGGAGCUAGAGGGAUUGAGAAUUAUGGAAAAGCACUCACAUGGGAAAUCAGAUCUCUACAGAGAACAAACUGAGUGUUCACUUAAUGCAAUUACAAGUUAUUUGAGUCUUGAUGAUGGCAUUGCCAAUCCUUCAACUAGUACCACCAUUGAUAGCAUGGGAGAUCAAGUUCCGAAAUCAACGAUUGUUUGUAGAUAAUUCCUCAGUCCUGAAGACAACCUCUUUCUCCACCCAGCAUCAUGGCUCUUCCAUCGCUACCCACCAUCGACGACUUCCACCAAAUCCUCUUCUGUCCUUAAGUCCACAUUAUGCAGUGCUUCCUUGCUCUCGCUAGAAUUAUCUCUCACAGCCACCAUUGUCCUCCAAUCCUAUGACUUUCUUUCUCCCUUUUUCUCUCACACCUUCUUUACCAUCUUUUUCUUCUCACUCACCUUUUAUAGACUCUCAUGAGAGUUUAGGCAAGUGUCCAAUGUGGUCUUCGCUUUUGUGAGAGCUUGUUCUUCUGUAUUUAAUUUUUUAUGCAUUUAUAUGUAAAAAAUACUUGUAGUAUCUUAAUGUUUGAGUGCUUGUAAUAAAGUUGUGUUUCUUUUUCACUUUUUA